AGUUCAGGCGGUUCAGUAGUAACGUUCCACUAGUAGACCGUUGUGUGCCGCCUCGCCAAGGGGUGGACAAUAUAGGCCUCUAUAUGGGUGUACUGAACGUGACCAGUUCCGGUGCCGCAAUCGUCGAGUGCCAGCAGCAACAGCAUCACCACCAGCAGCAGCAGCAGCAACAGAACAAGAAAAACGACACAAUCUUCUCACCCAUCAAGAACAAGAUGAAGGUGCUGAAGAAGAUCAAGAAACGCAUGGGACUAGCAACGAGAAGUGCAUCGUCCUGUCCUGGUCCCAACAAUCUGCCCCCGCUACAGUUCCACAGUGUGCACGGUGAUAAUAUACGGAUCUCGCGCGAAGGUACCGUCGCCAAGCGGUAUGAGUCGUUCUGCAAGGGCAUCACCUUCAGCGCACGGCCGGUACGUGUGAACGAGCGUGUAUGCGUCAAAUUCCUCGACAUCUCCAACAACUGGAGCGGAGUGAUCCGGUUCGGUUUUACCUGCAACGAUCCGUCGUCACUGCGCGGUAACCUGCCAAAGUAUGCCUGCCCGGACCUGACGAACAAGCCCGGCUUCUGGGCGAAGGCACUGAACGAACGGUACUGCUACCGGGGUAAUGUGCUGUUCUACUACGUCACUCCUUCUGGGGAUGUGCAUUUCGGCAUCAACGGCGAGGAGAAGGGUGUGUUCAUUACCGAUGUGGAUGCACGCGGCCCGCUGUGGGCCGUGAUCGAUGUGUACGGCAAUUCGACCGCAAUCGAAUUCCUCGAUUCGCGCAUAUACAUGUUCCAGGCCCAGCAGCAGCAACAUCAACACCACCAACAGCAGCACCAGCAGCAACAGCAACAUCAUGGUGCACAUCCACACGCGCAAAGCCAAACGCGUCGACCGACGGAACCGGAAAUCGGUAUGCCACAGAUGGAAUCGCUCAGCAUUAACCAGCACAACCAUCAGCUGAUGGAGGAGCGUCCGGUGACGUGCGGUGCGCUGAGCCCCUCAACCUCCGUAAGGUACCAUAGCCCGGCGCCGGGAUUGUUGCCACUUCCCUUCCAUCCGGUACGGGGACGUAACAUUAAGUUUUCCGCUGACCGGUACGUGGCGACCCGUGCCGAUACCGAGUUCUGCCAAGGGUAUGUGUUCUCGCCCCGUCCGGUCAAGAUUGGCGAACGGCUGAUCAUUCAGAUCCUCAAGACGGACUCGAUCUUUGUCGGUUCGUUAGCGCUCGGAUUGACAUCCUGCGAUCCGGCUAGUCUACAGCUAAACGAUCUUCCCGACGAUUCAGAUAUGCUGCUCGAUCGGCCGGAAUAUUGGGUGGUCAGCAAAGAUGUUGCGUCUACGCUGGUUCGUGGCGAUGAGCUGUGCUUCAACAUCACCGUGAACGGUGAGGUGCAGAUCAGCAAGAACGGUGGUGCGCCGUCGGUCAUCAUGCACAUCGAUCAGUCGCUACAGCUGUGGGCCUUCCUCGAUGUGUACGGUUCCACGCAGAGUGUGCGUCUGUUUACGCUUCCGCUUCCGCCGGUGCCUUCCUCGUGCGCCACCAGCAUGUACAUGGCCCGGUCACAUUCAUCGCUGGCAGCUGCCACUAGUCAAUCGGUUCGUAGCCUGCACCAAGAGCAACAAGUGAUGGCCGAAUCAGCCACCAUGGCAACCGGUAGCUGCCGGACGCUUGCCGGUGGUUCCUCUACCAGUGCGCUGGUACAACAAGCGACGGCUGCGACUACCGCUGCAACCGCUACCGUGCGCCCUGAUAUGAUCCAGAUCAACCCAGGUGGUACGGUGCUAGUCGUCAAUCUGCCUCCGGCCGAUGUUCUCAGUCAGCAACAGCAGCAACAACAAUCGUCCCAAGCACAAGCGACACUUGUAACGCGCGGUAUGACUACAUCCGCUUCCACCCUGUCCGUCCCGCUGUCGACACUUUCGCUCUCAUCGCACACCGGUUCGACGGGAACGGCCAGCGAGCUGAUGGCUUCCAACAACAACAACAGCAACAACUACGCGGCUAGCACUGCUACCUACCCUGAGUCGCUGUCCAACUACAACAAUGCAGCCAACUACUCGACUGCAGCCCUCGCCGCUAACGGCAUCUACAGCUCGACCAACUGUGUCGAUUGUACGAUCUGCUUCGAGAAACCGAUCGAUUCGGUGCUGUACAUGUGCGGCCAUAUGUGCAUGUGCUACGAUUGUGCGAUAAAGCAGUGGCGUGGUAUCGGCGGUGGACACUGUCCACUGUGCCGGGCCGUGAUUCGCGAUGUCAUCCGCACGUACAAAUCGUAGACGCCACGUGAACACACGUGAUGGUGGGGCAUAGCCA